CUCAGUUCAUGAUUUGCUCUUUGUUAUGUUCUGCGGGAUGUUUCGAUCCGGCAGCAGCCAGAGUAGCAAAGUGACACUAUAUCCUUAAAAUGCACACUUCCUAAUUGAAAAGAGCUUCUGGUGCCUUGAAAGACUCUCUCCGGUUUAUUCAGCAGACCGAAUGUGACUGGCAUUAUUACGAUAGACUCUUUACAGCUCCACUGUUCUGAAACGAGAUAUUUCGCAAACCAUAGUUCCACAAAUGAAUAAUUUCCGAUUGUAAACAGAACACUUUAUUUCGAUCCUUACCCGUCGUACUGAGACAUGUUGCCAUGAAGACAUCUAGCAUUUUGCAAGCGUAGUAAAUCACAUCGCCGAAUUGAAAUGGGCAAGUUAUCUUGCAUGGGCACGGGCAUCAGAUAUUUACAUGUUGACUCUCUGUGAUGGAUGAAGCUGAUGUAAAUGAGAGUGCAAGAAAUGACGGUGAGCCAGAUGGAAUUUCUGGUUUCUCUAUGGUUCAGAAGACGAUCCUCAUCACGUUUCUUGCGGCUAUUAUGAUAAUGACUAUAUUGGGAAAUCUGUUGGUUAUGGUAGCUGUUUGUAAGGAUAGGCAGCUAAGGAAGAUCAAGACCAAUUACUUUAUAGUCUCUUUGGCCUUUACCGAUCUGCUUAUUUCAGUCAUGGUGAUGCCUUUUGGAGCUAUUGAACUAGUACAACAGAACUGGAUAUACGGAGACACAUUUUGCCUUGUCCGGACUUCUUUAGAUGUCAUGCUAACCACAGCAUCCAUUCUUCAUCUAUGCUGCAUUGCUUUAGACAGGUACUAUGCUAUUUGUUGUCAACCUCUGGUUUACAGGAACAAAAUGACACCCUCACGUAUUAUUAUAAUGCUUGGAGGGUGUUGGAUUAUCCCCACAUUUAUUUCAUUCCUUCCUAUCAUGCAAGGCUGGAACAGUAUUGGUAUACAGGAACUGGUAGAGGUAAGAAAAUUCAGCAAUGACAUGAAUACAACAUCCUGUGUCUUUAUGGUGAACAAACCCUUUGCCAUUACAUGCUCAGUUGUUGCAUUCUACAUACCUUUUAUUUUAAUGGUUCUAGCAUACCAAAGGAUAUAUGUAACUGCUAGAGAACAUGCACGGCAGAUUGAAAUGCUGAAACGUGCAGGAACCUCAAAUGAGUCUGGACAACAAGCUGACCAUCCAGGAAAUCACAGGAUGAAGACUGAAACCAAAGCAGCCAAAACCUUGUGCAUUAUUAUGGGAUGCUUUUGCCUCUGUUGGGCACCAUUUUUCAUCACAAAUAUUGUGGACCCAUUUAUAAACUACUCUUUUCCAGAAAAGAUUUGGACAGCGUUCCUUUGGCUUGGAUAUAUUAAUUCAGGAUUGAAUCCUUUUCUGUAUGCGUAUUUGAACAAGUCCUUCAGGCGUGCCUUCUUAACAAUUUUGUGCUGCGGUGAGAGGCACAGACGAUCUUCUAAACUGGGACAGACAAUUCCCUGUUCUACAACAAUUAAUGGAUCAACACAUGUAUUGAGUGGUUGUUCUGCUGUCUCCAAGCUGUUGCUGCUGUUCUGUAAUAGCCCUCAACCCGUGUAGAUCUAGCAAAUUGACCGUACACAGUUUUACGUAAUGGCCAUCUUCAGGAACAUGAAAAUAUGUCUCUCCGAAGUGAUAAUGAAUUAUAGAAAUUAUGCUCUAAACAUGCUUGAGGCACGUAAUGUGUGGUCUUAUCUCAGAACUGGAAUUAGUGUCUCUGCUCACAUGAACAUGACUCCCACCAGAAAGAUGCAAAUAAAUGUUUACAGCACCCUUAUGCGCAAAACAAAAUAAUACCUUACAUCAUUGGGGUAGGCAAUUUGUAAAUAGAUGUUUAUGGUGAAUAAGGAAUACUUUUAAAGUAAGUGUGCGUGAAUGAGUCUCAGAAUUUAUGAAUUUGUGUUGUACUUAUUACAAUUGAUGAUUGUUUUGAACCAAAUGUGAAACAAAGCUGUAGAGGAAAAGAACAAAAAUGUCUAUUUACACGUUAUGAUUCAAAGAUCAAAUGUACGCAAUUAUUUGAUGUUCCAGGUUUGUGCUUGAUAAAUGGGAUGUAUUAUUUGUAAGCUUUAAAACCACGCAAAUGUGUCUUAAAUGUCAUUACAACACACUGCAUUGAAAAUGUUCGAUGUUGUGAAGGGAGUUUUAGAGGUCUAAACUCCUAGUAAAUUGUAUUCUGUAUUGUUUUUAAUGAUAGGAGAAAUUCCUAUCCUCACAGCAACUGGGUCAAUUUUUUACUGUAAUUCCCGUACCGUCAAUUUUUGGAAAAUAAACCAGUGUUUAAGAGUUAUCUUUCCCUUUUAGAUACAGUGGAUUCCAGUUAAUUGGUCCAUCAGUUGAUCAGGGCAUCCGCUUAUCUGGGACAACUCUUAAAGAACAAAAACUAAUCGAGAAAGUAGCCAGAAUUCCGUUCAUUUAUUUGGGACACUGUAUUACUUAACUGGGACAAGAAACUGUUGAUGAAUAGUUUCUGACUGGCAUCAGUCACAUGAACUUGUGUGGCCACCAAACACUACACUGUGCUUAAAGCAAGCAAUUUUCAAAUGGCACCAUUUGCAUGUGUUUCUGUUCAAAAAGCAGUGACUUUGUCACUGAUAGUAGACAAAAAAUAAGGGUAAGAGGAAUUAGAAUUGUUUUACGUACUAUGGUUUCAAGUAUUCAGGUUUGAAGAUACCAGAAACGGCCAGGAAUGAAAAUGAAACGAUUUCACCACUUCAACAAAUUUGGAACGAUGAAGAAUUUAGAGGAUCACUUACAGUCAAUCAAAAGUACACAGCAGUGUAUUGGUUGUGCGUUCUGUCCGACGAUGACAGUGAAAACUGAGCAGGAGUGUUUUUAAAGUGGAAAAGCCAUUGUACUGGGACAGAUUCACUCCCUCAACCUUGGAAGUCCAGUUCCGAUGGUAUGAGUAGUUACCACAACUGUGGUCUUCCUUGGUUAUAGCGAAUAACCAUGACUUCUUCUGUGCCUUAUCAUGCCUUCACUCUCCUCAAACUGUUGCUGAGCUGUCUUCUUCGCCAUUGGAUCUCAUUGUCGAUCUCAUCCGCCCAGUCCGCCAGAGCUGACUUCACAUGCUAGGACAGGCAUGUUUCUUCCUUACCGGGUCCGAGGCCUGCCAGCGACCCUCACCUGGUUUAUCCCGCCUGUCAAAAUGGCGUACCAGUGUGUAUCGACUGUUGCAUACAAACAGCUACAGUACUUGGAGCCACAGGUGAGAGCUGAGUGUCCAGUAAGGACUAAAGGUGAAUGAGCCGCCCCAGAAUGGACACAACAAACCUCUUCCCUUGAGGUGCUACCCCUUCCUGAACACUCCAUACACAGCAACAUACCCCGGAUGAAUUCCUCCGUUGAUAAUAAAUAGGAACUAAUACACUGUUUUAGCACUGGUGGUGUUCUAAAUUGUUCUGUAGUUCAUUUAAAUAUAUAAUUUGUUACUCAGUUAAGUGGUUGUUUCUCUUUCUUAACUAUUUCCAUGAAACUUUGGCUAAUUGGGGCAACCACUUAUUGGGCCUAAAUGUAUUGAUCUCGAUAUGUCCCAAUUAACCGGAAUCCACUGUAUUACCUAAAGUAAUUCUGUGUAAAAUGGAAUUCAAAUAAAGGUAGAAUAUUUGUAGAAGCUGAAAAGAACUUGCUAUUUAUGUUGACUGAAAUUAAUUUCACAUAACUAUAUAUGUAUACACUAUAUAUUUAUAUAUGUAGGUCAUGAAGUAGCAUAGUUCCAAAGCAACAAAGUCGCAUAUGACAGAUUUUGUUCCAUCAUAUUAAGCAAUUGUUUCUUUGUGUAUCAGCUUUGAUAAUGCAAGCUAUAUUUUUAUUUUGAAAUGCUGCUGACAG